AUGGCCCCGUCACACUCACCCGAGAACGAGAAUGCACAGCCAGCGUCCAAACGGCGCCGCGUUGCCGUAGCCUGCGAUGCAUGCCGCACGCGCAAGUCCCGCUGCGAUGGCUCCCGUCCUCGAUGUUCGCUUUGUAUCGAUCUGGGAUUCGAGUGUAUCUAUACACCGCCGGUAACGGCGAAUAACUUGAUUGUGCAGAAGGAUUAUCUGUAUGGGCUUGAAGAGCGGGUGAAGAAGCUUGAGGAAUCGUUGGUGGCGGUUCGAGGAGAUGUUGAUGGGUUAGUUGCGAGGGAGAAUGUGGGUGGUGUAGGUGGGAGGAACGAAGAUCGGAGGGCAUCAGUACCUGUUUUGGUUGGAACAGAAGAUGAAGUGGAUGCGAUGGGGGCUGUCACGUUUGCUGAUGAACAAGAUUCGGGAUUCUUCGGCCCCUCGUCCAAUAUUGCUUUUUUGAGACAUCUCUCACGCGCUGUGGGGCAGCAAGGAUAUCUUUUAUCGCCUGGUGCUGCGGAAGGUGGCUUGGUGAGUGCGUCGCGGCCGCCUUCUCCAUCGCGGAAAGCUGGCCUAGACAAGCGGGGCCAGGUCAACAUCUUUGCUUUGCCUCCUCAGUCUGAGACAUUGGCUCUGGUUCAGAGAUACUUCUCCAACACUGGAUUAUUGUUUCCCUAUAUUGACCCGCCAGUUUUUUUGGAAACAUACCAUGAGAUGGCCCGAGAAAACUUCACGAAAGUCCGAAAAACGUGGCUUGGCCUGUUGAAUAUGGUCCUGGCCAUGUCUUCCAUUACAGCAGUCCCUGGUGGAGCUAAAGCAGACACACGAAUUGCGGAAUCAGACGUUUUCUAUCAGCGGGGUCUGGGCUUGUGUGGGAGUGAGAUUCUUAGAGGCACAACUUUGGAAGUUGUUCAAUUCCUACUACUCAUGGGGCAAUACCUUCAGGGCACACAAAAGUCCGUUCAAGCAUGGACGGUUCAUGGGCUGGCUGUAAAGGCUGCCCUACAGCUUGGUCUACAGUCCAAGACCGCUUCCAAGUCAUUCUCGCCCCUUGAACAAGAGACGAGAAAGCGCACUUGGUAUGGAUGUGUAGUAUUAGACCGAACCCUGAGCAUGACCUUUGGGAGACCGGCCACCAUACCUGACAACUACGUAAAACUUGAGCUUCCCAUAAAGCGCGAUUUUGAGAAGUCAUCUACAAUCGUAGAUGAUGAAACCUCGUCACUAAGUGUCGAAUUCUUCAAUUCGACCGUAACGCUAUACAAGCAGCUAUGGAACGUUCUCGAUCUACUGUACGGCCAAAAUAUCGGCUGUGACUCCCCACUGCCUGUCAGCGAGACCAUGUCCCACAUUUUCACUAUGGAACAGCACCUGUUCUCGUGGGAACGAUCACUACCUCAAAGUCUACAGCUUGUCUCAACAGCAGGCCUCGACGAAAUCCCUCUACAGCAGUUGUCCUCUGACCCGCAAUACUUCUCUUGGAAGUUUCGUGUGAUUUUGACCCUUCGAUACUUAAAUCUCCGCGUCUUACUUCACAGACCAGUCCUAGUCAAAUUCAUCGCUGCUAGCAGGUCUCCUGAUCGUGAUUCGCAGGAGCUGAAACUCCUCCAGCAGAUUGGCAUGAAUAGCAUGAAGAUAUGCACCGACUCCGCAAUGGAGAUCAUCGAUAUUGUUCAUAAGAUUAUCACCGAGCCUGAAAGGAAGCAGAGCUUGCUUGGGGCAUGGUGGUUCUCCUUGUACUAUACCUUCAACGCAGCCUUGGUCAUAAUUGGCGCUGUCUGGAUCUACCGCGACGCCAGUCUCAGCGCCUCUCCAAUGACAACACAAGCCAAGAAAGCCUCCCAGUAUCCCAGCCGCGCUGCGACAGCGCUCUCAAAACUUGAUAAUGGAAACCGUCUGGUUGACAGAUGUCGGUAUUAUCUGGAACAAUUCAACCAGGUUCUAAUCGAUCCAGAAACCGACCACCCGACACCUACGUUUGCUCAUAUGCUGGAGCGUGGGUCACUGCCAGCCGGUGACUUCAGUCUCUCCCCAUUCGGGAUGGAACUUGGAGAAUUCAUGAUGGAUGAUAAUCUCGUCGCGAUGAUCGACAGACAAGCGCUGUUGUCCACUGAUACAGACUCUACCUAUCCAAUUUGA